UACCUUUUAUGACUACUAAAAAAUCUGAAUACUACAUUUUACAAAUAAAAUCCAGCUCAAAUUACUAAAGUUAGCAAACUGAGGCUGUAUACUACAAGUUGCACCAUGACGUUACACCAUGACUGUUACACAUCAUGGCUACUAUCUAGUAUGGUUCCUAAAUACAUUGAUUUAAAAAGUUUAUGAAAUUUUAAAAAGUGCAAGUUUUUGGUUACUAGCAACAUUAUUUUUCAAAUGGAUUUACAGAGUUCCCAUUAUUAUGAAGAUGAGUUCAAUGAAAUACAAGGUCUAAUGAAUGAUUUAUCAAGUAAUCUUGUUAAUACAAAAAUUAAGAAGAAUUGCACUGUGUUUACUUCACGAGAAACAUACAUUCUUACCUGUACUAAUGAAGAAUUUAACGUACGUUUAGCCAACAUGGAUGCUGAUGAUCUUGAAAAAUCGAAACGAGUGCUAGAAAAUGAGUUAAGUUACAUUGACAAGCAGUUGAAAGAUUCUUUAAGUGCUGAAGAAGAAAUUCUAAAAAACAAGAAAGAAAUUAUAUGGCUGCGUUUAUCAGCAUGCAUCGAGCAAAGAGAACUUUUGAAAAAACAGCUUAGUGAUAAAGAUUUUCUUAGUAUGUUGUUAACAACAACUGUUGCUGAUCAAAAAGACAAAACAACUUUGAAUGAGAUAUCACUUAAUUUGGAGCAAAAUACAAAAGAAGGAUUAUUAUGUUCUGAACUAAAAGAAAUGACUGAGAAGAGUUCAGCUACACAAAUGACUGAUGAACAGAGUGUUGCGAUAUCUGAGAAGCAGAUUUCUAUGGACCAAAUAUCAAGUGAACAAAUUAUGAAUACUGAAACCAGUAAUGGAAUAGAAGCACACAAAUUGAUGACAGAAUGGAAUCCUAUAAAACUGUUAGAAGAAAUUUUUAGUAAAUAUACAUUGGAAACAAAAAAUAAAAAAGAAGAAAUAUCCUUAAAGAAGAAAAAGAUGCUUAAUAUGCAAGGAUAUCUGGAGAAAUUGCCAAUGAAUCAAACUAAAGUAAAACCAUUUAAGGGAUGGAAAAAAAGAUUUUUCAAGAUUUCUUCUGGACAUCUUUUUUAUUAUGAGAAUCACAAUACAAAUGUACAACUUGGAAGUAUUGAAGUAAAACAAGCAGAAAUUGUCAUUGAAGCUGAAAAAACUAUUAACAUUAAGUCUCAGAUAAAUGGAGAAUCGCUGUCUUUACGAUGCAGUACACAAGUAGAAACAAAUGAUUGGUUUAAAAUAUUGAAACUGGCACAGUGCAUUGAUGAAGAGGAAAAAAAAAAGGAUAUUGUUAUCAUAGAUAUUGGUUCAUUGGUUAUUAAAGGAGGUCAAAUAGAUUCUCCUGAAAUUUGUUUUCCAGCAGUUGUUGCUUUGAAAGAUUUAAAAGGAAAGUAUGAUGAUUUAUCAUAUGUUUUACAACCUGAAAACUGCAUUAUUGGAUUAGAAGCAUUUCUUCCUAAUAACAGAGCUAAUUCUAAAUUGAUUUAUCCAUUAAAGUCAGAUUUAACUAUUGACCAGUUUUCAAUUAAAGUACGCUUCAUUCCAUUGAUAAUUGAAAAAGUGUUUCAGCUACUGCAAACUAAUCCAAGAAAUAAAACAAUUAUAAUAGUCUGUCCAAGGUACUUGACUGUUUCUGACAAAGAGUAUAUUGUGGAGUUUUUGUUUUCACAACUUGAAGUUGGAUCUGUAUGCAUGCAAGAGCAAGCUCUUUUAUCAUUGUACUCAUAUUCAGCUACAACUGGAAUUAUUGUUGAUAUAGGUGAUCAUCUAGAUAUACUACCUGUUGUAGAAGGUACUAUCAUUCAGAAAGGUGUCACAAGUUUGUCUUCUAUUGGACAACAAAUAACAGCAAGUUUAAAGAAACUUUUAUCAGGAGAAGGUUACAGGUUUUGUUCUGAUAUAGAAAAUUAUGUUGUACAAUACAUCAAAGAGCAAAUUGCAGAAGUGCUUUUAAUACCAAAUGAUAAAAUUGAUACAGUGCUAGUAGAUAUUUCCAAAUUUAACCUUCCAUACAACUUCAAAACAUUAAAAGUGGAAGAAUCGCGAUUCGAAUGUGUUGAAGGUUUGUUCCAGCCAUCAUUGUGGGGAAAAGACAUUCCAUCUUUACAAGUGUGUCUUGAAAAAGCUAUAAAAGCAUGUGAAAUUGAUGAUAGAAAAGAAAUUUCUAAAAAUAUAUUUUUAUCAGGAGGAUCUUCACUUAUUAAAGGUUUAGGAGAAAGAUUAGAAAAAGAACUACAAUCUUUAAUACUAUCUUAUGUGCACGUAAAGGAGUCGGCAAACACUCAUCGAAUUAAUGCUGCAUACAAAGGUGCUUCUGUUUUAUCAACUUUGCCAAACUUCCAAAAUUUGUGUAUCACGAGAAACGAGUGGAUUUCAGAAGAUAUUUCAACUUUAAUGAAAAGAUGGUCGGUUUAACCGUUCUGUUAAAAACCAACCAUGAAAAUGACAAGAUGAGCUCCAGGUUUUUGGUAAAGGUCCCUUAUUUUAAAAAAAUGGUAGCUUAUGACAAAAUGGUAACUAAUUCAAGUCAACUUGUCCACCUUAAUGGAUUUUAGGAACCAAGACCCAUAAUAUAUAGAAAUAAAGAAUGUUGUUAUCUUUA